AUGGUGAAAGCACGCAAGUACGUUGUAGUCAACGAGUUCAAGGGUUGGCCCAAACGUGAAGAUUUUCAAAUUGAGGAGCACGAACUGCCGCCCCUCAAGGAUGGUGAGAUUCUCGUCAAAAGUCAGUGGCUAAGCGUUGACCCAUACAUGCGACUACACAGUUCGAAACAGAAGUACGACCAGUUCGGCCACAAUGUUGGCGUGGUGAUAGAAACCAAAGCCACCGACUUCCCGAUCGGCACCAAAGUGGUGUCCCACAAGGGAUGGUGUGACUACUGCAUCUUGGAUACUAACAAGUUUUAUGAAGACUACUACCCUUCCGGAAAAAUUUACAAACUUCCAGUCAUGGAAGGUCUACCAGACUCUCUGGCAGUCGGUGCUGUAGGCAUGCCAGGUGCUACUGCAUACUUCGGAUUCCUGGAACACUGCAGACCAAAACCUGGUGAGACAGUUGUGGUGACGGGCGCUGCUGGAGCUGUGGGCUCUCUGGUCGGACAGAUCGCAAAGAUCAAGGGUUACAAGGUGAUCGGCUUCGCUGGUUCUGACGAGAAAGUCAAGUGGCUGGAGAGUAUCGGCUUUGACAAGGCGAUCAACUACAAGACUGCCGACAACGUGGCUGCACUGAAAGAAGCUGCUCCGCAGGGAGUGGACUGUUACUAUGACAACGUCGGCGGAGAGCUGAGCAGCACCAUCUUGUACCAGAUGAACCAAUAUGGACGAGUAGCAGUCAUCGGCUACAUUAGCUCGUAUAACGAUGAUUCAAACAGUCUGCCCAAAGCCACAAUCUUACAACCUGCCAUAAUGUAUCGGCGACUGACAGUCAGCGGCUAUAUUGCGUGUGAUUCGCGUGAUAAAUUCCCUGAAGCGUUUGAUCGAAUCACCAAGUGGAUACAGAGUGGGAAGAUAGUGGCCAAAGAACAUGUCACGGAAGGUUUCGAGAAUCUCUUUGAUGCUUUAAUAGGAGUGCUGAAAGGUGAUAAUAUUGGAAAGGCUGUUGUUAAAAUAUAA